UUCUUCCAUCCUGUAUUCUGACAGUCUCGAACUAACACAGGCAUCGAGUUUCACAGCCAACACAAGUUUUCGUAGAUUAAUGCCUUUUGCGCCAUGGCUGACAAUUCUGAGCAAAAUGUUGGACAUGGGCAAGAAACCACACUGAAUGAAGUGCCAGAUCAGCUGGAUAGAUUAUGCAGUUUGAAAGAAGCUGACAUAAGUGAAAAUAAUUCCGCUGUCAACGGUGCAACAACAAAAGAAGAUUGUGAUGCUGACCCGACUGGUCUUUCUGAGACGAAACCACAAGAUUCACUUCUUGGUCAAAAAACUGUUUCCCCUAAGAAAAGCGAUUUGGAAACUUCCCCCGCGAAAUCGGAUAGUAAGUGCACAAAUGAAAGUGGUGUUAGCACUAACAGUGAUGAGGAGUUUCAUUCCGCCGAUGAAGGCAGUGAUAGUGAAGAAGACUCCCAACCAGUGCCAGUUUGCGAUGAUGCCCAUGAAAAUAAUGCUGGAGACUUUAUUCCUCCCAACAUGGAUGAUGAUGAUGACGAGUCUGAAGAUGGAGAUGAAGAGAAGAAAGAACAAAGCGAAACAGAAGUCACAGAAGAAUUAGAAGCAAGAAAAAGACUAGAAGAGGCUCUUACUGCAGAAGAAGUGGAGGAGAGAAAAUGUAACGGCCAGCAUCUCAAAGAGGAGGGCAACAACAAGUUCCGCAAUGGGGAGUACGAUGAAGCAAUCGAGUCCUACACAGAGGCUUUGAGUAUAUGUCCGUUGUCAUUUCUUAAGGAGAGGUCCAUAAUGUUCUCAAAUAGGGCAGCCUGUAAAAUGAAAAAGGAAUUGUAUGAUUCGGCUAUUGCUGAUAGUAGCUCUGCUCUGGAACUGCAUCCACACUAUCUGAAAGCUUUGUUGCGCAGAGCUGAGCUGUAUGAAAAAACAGAAAAACUUGACGAGGCUUUGAAAGACUACCAGCAAGUUUUGGAACUUGAUCCUUCUCAACAUGCGGCGAGGGCUUCCUGUGUGAAAUUGGCAGAGCAAAUCAAGGACAGAAAUGAAAAGAUGAAGGACGAAAUGAUGGGUAAAUUGAAAGACCUCGGCAACUUGGUGCUGCGACCCUUUGGUCUUUCCGUCAACAACUUCCAGAUGCAACAAGAUCCCAACACUGGUUCAUACUCAGUACAGUUUCAACAAAGUCCCCCAAAUAAUGGAUCAUGACACUAUAUUUUUCAACAUUAUUUUUUAAAAUGUUGAUUGCAAGAUGAAUGAAUAUGCCGAUAAUUUCUGUGUUUUAUGAGUUUGGUCCUGUUCCCGAGGGCAAUGUGCAAUUUUGUUAAUAAAAAAAAGAAUAAAAAACCAACACUUGUCAAGGAUGCUUUAUAUAGAGAGAUCAACCAUUACUCUUCUAAGUAACAAGUGGCUUGUAAAAUAAGACCUGACUUGCUGGGGUUAAAAAUUUUCUGCCAAUAAGUAAACAAAACUUUAAUUUUAAUUUGAUAGGAAAUUAUUUGUGAACACUAACUAUAAAAUGAAACAUUCUCUUUUCUCUCAAGACUUCCUUACUACACAACACUUUGUUGAAAGUAGAUGACUUGCUGCAUGAAUAACACCAACGAAUGCAAAAUGUUUUAAUUUGGAUGUGUAGAUAUUGUUCAAGGUGGUAAUGAGUUUCCCUUUUACUCCAAUUUUGAGCUUGUCUUGUUUUGACAAAUUGCACUAUAUUAGUACUUGGUGUUUACUACUAUAAUUUUCUACUGUGAUUUCUGUAUUUAUUUUUUUAGCCUGUCUUCCUUUCUUCCUUUGGUUGACUUUUGACUGCUCAAUGAGGAGACAAAAAUCACUUGCUUACAGUCAUUAUGAUCGAUUGAUUAUGUUCAUAUUUACCAUCUUUUCAUCUCUCUCAUCUAUGAUUUUGUGUUAGAUUUAGUUUCCCCGCUUGUUUUGGAAUAUGCCAAAACUGUCAUAGAUCAUUUUCUUCUUUGUGACCUGAUCGAUAACAAUAGCUUUUUUGCCAGACUUUUUUCCAUGGUAGUGAUAGGAAAUUUUUGUAAACAUGUUCCAUUUGUUCAAGAUUAUGGGGGGGGGGGGGUGCUAUUUAUAAAAAAUGUAUCUCUACUAUUGCCGGUGUCUCAUUUUUUAAAAAAGAGAACCCAUUCAAAUUUGUUUAGCACAGGCACCAUGCUUUUUCUACUGCUAUGUUUUCAGGGAUCAAAUUUUCAUUUCUUGUGGAGUCUCGUUCUGUUUAGAUUUUUCUACCAUAAUCUGGAAAAUGUUUCCAAUGAGUGCCAGGACAGAUGGCGGUCUUGUAACUUUUAAAAAAGUUGUGCUAGCAUUUUUUUUUUCUUUCAUUUUGUUGUGGAAAAUUGUUUAUAUUGAAAAUUUGUUAGUCGCCACAUUUCACUCCAAAAUAAAAUUUUCUGGCAAUAAAACUUGUACAUAAGUUUCAAGAGGUUUUGCAAGAAAUCUGGAAUAGUUUGUGGAAAUAUUUGAAAUUAUUUUCAAAUAAGUUGCUUACAUUAAUCAUUCAUUAAGUUUUUGUACAAACGCCUUCCAAGUACUGUUUUAAAGAGUAUUUGAUGAUUUCAUUUAUUUGAACUUGAAAGGUGUUUUUUUUAUAAUUCGUGUAAACGUUUCUUCAGAUCGAUUAAAGAGAGAACUUGCCACAA